UGCACAGGUGUUUGUCCCAGUUACCCUUCUGAAACAAUCAAACUCGUCCAUGUCCAGCUGCGUUGUUAAGAGUCCACCUAGACGUUAUCGCUGCACCAGGAUAUUUCAGUAUGUCAGCCAAAACAUCGCCGGCGACAACUGACCUUCAGCACAACGUCACCAUCCGGACGACAGAGAUGCACACGAGCGGGGAACCGGUGCGAAUCAUCGAUUCGGGUUUCCCUCAGCCAAACGGUUCUACCCUGCUGGAAAAACGCAAUUACAUUCGCCAACAUCUGGACAGCUAUCGGAAGUUCAUCAUGUUUGAGCCGAGGGGUCACUAUGACAUGUACGGCGCGCUGCUUGUAAAACCGGAGAUUGCCGAGGCCGACAUCGGCGUCAUCUUCAUGCACAACGAAGGUUACAGCACCAUGUGCGGGCACGCCGUCAUUGCCCUGGGCAGGUACGCCGUAGACAAGGGACUAGUGGCUGCCAGGACGUGUCCGGAGACGAAGGUCGCCAUACAGUGUCCGUGCGGUCUCGUGCAGGUCUUCGUGCAGUUUGACGGCAACAAGACGGGUUCCGUCAGGUUCCACAGCGUCCCGGCGUUUGUCUUCAAAACUGACGUCGCGGUUGGUGUAGAAGGUUUCGGCGAAGUGAAAGUUGACAUCAGCUAUGGUGGCGCCUUCUACGCGUUUGUAGCGGCUGAGAAACUGGGCUUGAAUCUGGAAACAGCCUGCAUAAGAGAUGUGGUAGACGCUGCUGAUGCCGUUACUGCUGCUGUGAAGAGCCAGGUUGAAAUCUCCCACCCGGCGAGCAGCGAGCUCGCCUUUUUGUACGGAACGAUCGUGACGGACGGACGGGACGACUUCUCGGAGGACGCCACGACCAACGUGUGUGUGUUUGCUGACAGGCAGGUGGACCGGUCACCGUGUGGGUCGGGCGUGACGGCACGGAUCGCCCUCCAGCACCACAAAUCUGUCAUCUCUCUGGGCCAGGUCCGCACCUUCACGAGUGGAGCCACGGGCGACGUAUUCACUGGGAAGGCCGUUGAGGAGAGCACGUACGGUGGCUACAAGUCCGUGAUCGUCGAGGUGUCGGGAACCGCGUUCUACACGGGCUCCAGCGAGUUCACCUGGGAACCUGGUGAUCAACUCGGUCGGGGAUUCCUUGUCCGAUAACGCGCGGCAUGUCAGAACAUAUAACCUGUGAUGCAAUAAUAAAUAUCUCUGUCA